UUAUUGGCCGAGUUUCAGUGCAUAUCACUUCGUUUUGCUCUAGCCUCAUGUUAAGCAAUGAACUCGGUAAAGUGUAAAUUGGAAUUGCUAUUUGCAUGACAUAAAGAAAAUGAAAAAUUGCUGAAGAAAAUUAAACAACAGGAAUUCUGCAGAUGCUGGAAAUUCAAGCAACAUACAUCAAAGUUGCUGGUGAACGCAGCAGGCCAAGCAGCAUCUAUAGGAAGAGGCGCAGUCGACGUUUCAGGCCGAGACCCUUCGUCAGGACUAACUGAAGGAAGAAAAAAGCAUUAUGGCUAUCGCUGGGUUCCAACGGAUGAAGCAAUGAAGAUGUUUUAACACAAAAAUGACUACAAUAUGCACAGCAUUCGUCCUCCUAUUAUGAAUGGCCCCAUGCAUCCACGCCCCCUGGUGGCACUGCUGGACGGCCGGGAUUGCACCGUAGAAAUGCCUAUUCUGAAAGAUGUAGCAACUGUGGCUUUCUGUGAUGCACAGUCCACACAGGAGAUUCAUGAAAAGGUACUAAACGAAGCAGUGGGUGCGCUGAUGUAUCACACGAUCACUUUAACGAGAGAAGAUCUGGAAAAAUUCAAAGCACUUCGAAUAAUUGUCAGAAUUGGCAGUGGUUUUGAUAACAUUGACAUAAAAUCAGCUGGAGAUUUAGGUAUAGCUGUAUGUAAUGUCCCAGCAGCCUCAGUAGAGGAGACGGCAGACUCCACAAUGUGUCAUAUUUUGAACCUAUACAGACGGACUACCUGGCUUCACCAAGCUCUGCGGGAAGGCACAAGGGUUCAGAGUGUUGAACAAAUACGAGACAUAGCUUCAGGAGCUGCCAGGAUUCGAGGAGAAACCCUUGGAAUUAUUGGGCUUGGUCGAGUGGGCCAAGCAUUAGCAUUGAGAGCAAAAGCGUUUGGUUUUAACGUAAUUUUCUAUGACCCAUACCUCUCAGAUGGUAUUGAACGUGCGUUGGGUCUCCAGCGAGUAAAUACUUUACAGGAUCUCCUAUUUCACAGUGACUGUGUGUCCCUCCAUUGUAGCCUGAAUGAACACAACCACCAUCUUAUCAAUGAUUUCACUAUCAAACAGAUGAGGCAGGGAGCGUUUCUGGUGAAUGCUGCCCGGGGCGGGCUUGUCGAUGAGAAAGCGCUGGCUCAGGCUUUAAAAGAAGGAAGAAUACGAGGAGCAGCACUGGAUGUACAUGAAUCAGAGCCAUUUAGUUUUAGCCAAGGUCCUUUAAAAGAUGCUCCUAACCUAAUCUGCACGCCGCACGCUGCCUGGUACAGUGAACAGGCCUCAAUUGAGAUGAGAGAAGAAGCUGCCCGAGAAAUCCGGCGAGCUAUAACAGGACGCAUACCAGACAGCCUGAAAAACUGUAUUAAUAAGGAUUACUUAACUGCAGCUACUCACUGGGCUGGAAUGGACCCUGCAGUCGUUCACCCAGAACUAAAUGGUGCUGCUUACAGGUAUCCACCAGGAGUUGUCGGAGUGGCUCCCCCUGGACUGCCACCACCAGUAGAAGGAAUAGCGCCCAGCGCUGUGCAGUUAUCGCACAGCCUCUCCACAGUCACCCACCCACCACAUGCCCCUUCCCCAGGGCAAACAGUCAAACCAGAGGCUGACAGAGAUCACACGGGUGACCAAUUGUAGCCAGGUGGACCGCAUUCCUGACCCAAGAUCUUCACCAUAAGAGAAGUUCAUAAAAUACCUGCUAUGGUGAACAAUGGACUAUGGAAAUAACCAAGCUUAGAAACUGGUCCAACUUCAAAUAAAGAUGUGGGAGAGAAGAAGAAAUUUGGUUAAUUUGUUCCUCCGUUAAAUUGUAGCUUGUCCCUGUCCAUUGGACUGAUUAACUGUUUCUAUGUCAUAUGGAUUCCCUGUGAGCAAGAAAAGUUCUAGUAGUUAAUUCUAUCAUGAAUGUACUAUGUCUGUGUACAGUUUUAGAACUUAAGGGUUUGUUCGCUUAGCUGUGAAACAGAAACCAAGAGAGAUAUUCAGUAAAACUGAUUUUUUGAAAAUAAAACAAUCUUUCUUUUAUACAUUAAAUUCACGCCCAAAAAGAGGCAGUUUUCAGACGUCUCAGGAAACUAAGGUAAAUUCCCACUUAUUUUGUGUUAUAUGCCAUGCAGUGCAUUGUUUUGUAACUGCUUAUCUUUUUUUAGUAUCAACUAAUAAAAUCGACACUCUUUUAAAUUCAUUUUCUUUUUGGCAUGAAUUCCCAUCACUUUCCUGGGGGCUGAGGAAAAUGUUGCAAAGAGAUUUUUUAAAGAAAUUUCAUACAAAGCAGCACCAUGCUUACUGUCACCAGUUUAAAUGUAUAUCAUUGGUGGUAUGCGUACAGGCACUAGACUACUGGAAAGUAGCAGCAUUUCUUUGCCUACAUCGAUUCCUGUUAAUGUGGUAGGCUAGCAAUAUUUUGGUUGAAAUAAUCAUGUUUUGUGACUGUAACCAUUUGUAUGAAUUAUUUUAAAGAAAUAAAGCAAAAAGACAAUGUCUGUUACUUAU